UUUGUCCCCAUCCCCAUCAUUCCAUCACCUUCUCCCCCAUUCUUCCAUCUCCAUUCCCAUGGAUUCCUGACAGAAGACAGAGAAAGAAGAGAGAGAAAAGCCUCUCUCUCUCUCUCUCGUCGGCAUUCCCUCCGGCCAUGGUGCACAACGCCUACGACUCCUUCGAGCUCCUCUCCGACUGCCCCGCCAGGAUCGAGGCCGUCGAGUCCUCCGCCUCCAAGAUCCUCCUCGGCUGCUCCGACGGCUCCCUCCGCAUCUACGGCCCCGAUCCCUCCUCCUCCUCCUCUUCCUCUCCGCCGCCGCCCUCCGACCGGUCCUCCCCGCCCUCCUCCUCCGACUCCCGCGCCGAGCUCCGGAAGGAGCCGUACGCGCUGCACCGCCAUGUCGCCGGAUUCACCAAGCGGCCCUUCCUGUACAUGGAGGCGCUGGCGUCUCGGGAGCUGCUCCUGACGCUAUCCGAGUCCAUCGCCUUCCACCGGCUCCCCAAUCUGGAGACCGUCGCCGUCCUCACCAAGGCCAGGGGCGCCAAUGUGUGCUCCUGGGACGAGAGGAGAGGCUACCUCUGCUUCGCCAGGCAGAAGAGGGUCUCUAUUUUCCGCCACGAUGGGGGAAGGGGCUUUGUGGAGGUGAAAGAGUUUGGGGUGCCCGAUACUGUGAAGUCGAUGUCGUGGUGCGGUGAGAACAUAUGUUUGGGAAUCAGGAGAGAGUACGUGAUCAUGAAUGCUACGAAUGGCGCAUUGUCCGAGGUGUUUCCUUGUGGGAGGCUAGCGCCACCUCUGGUGGUGCCCCUUCCUUCUGGGGAACUCAUCCUUGGGAAGGAUAAUAUUGGAGUUUUCGUGGACCAAACUGGGAAGCUACUACCAGAAGGUAGGAUAAUUUGGUCAGAGGCUCCUCAAAAAGUUGUCAUUCAGAAGCCAUAUGUAAUAGGUUUAUUACCAAGAUAUGUUGAGAUUCGCUCUCUUCGAGUUCCAUACCCAUUGAUUCAGACUGUUGUUCUCCGUAAUGUUCGUCAUCUUGCCCAAAGUAGCAGUUCAUUAGUUGUUGCCCAAGAUAAUUCCGUCUAUGGGCUCUUUCCUGUUCCUAUUGGUGCACAGAUUGUGCAGUUAACGGCGUCUGGCAAUUUUGAGGAAGCCUUGGCCUUGUGCAAGAUGCUUCCACCAGAAGAUUCAAACCUUCGAACUGCAAAAGAGGGGUCGAUUCAUAUAAGAUAUGCACACUAUCUUUUUGAAAAUGGAAGCUAUGAGGAGGCAAUGGAACAUUUCUUGGCUUCUCAAGUGGAUAUAACUUAUGUGCUUUCUCUAUAUCCGUCAAUAAUUCUUCCAAAAACGGCUUUGGCUCCUGAGCCAGAGAAAUUGGUGGACAUUUCUUGGGACACUUCAUACCUAUCUAGAGCUUCCUCUGGUGUGUCAGAUGAUAUGGAAUCGUCCCCCCCACCACAUUCGCAGGAGUUCGAUGAGCAUUCAGCACUCGAGUCCAAAAAAAUGAGCCAUAACACUCUCAUGGCUCUUAUCAAAUUUUUGCAGAAGAAGAGACACAGUAUAAUAGAGAAGGCCACAACUGAGGGCACAGAAGAGGUGGUUUUAGAUGCUGUUGGUGAUAGUGUCCCCUCAUACAAUAUCAGUCGAUUUAAAAGGACUAACAAGGGACGGGCCAGCAUCGCCAUUAGUUCAGUUGCAAGGGACAUGGCAACUAUAUUGGACACAGUACUACUCCAGGCCUUGCUUCUCACUGGACAGUCUUCUGCUGCUGUUGAAUUACUGAAAGGCCUUAACUACUGUGAUGUGAAAAUAUGUGAGGAGAUUCUUCAGAACAGUAAUAAUUAUACAGCUUUGCUCGAGCUUUACAAAAGCAGUGCGAUGCAUCAUGAAGCUCUAAAGCUUCUUCAUCACUUAGUGGAGGAGUCAAAAUCAAAUGAAUCAAAAUCUGUUGCGGCUCAAAAGUUCAAGCCAGAGAUGAUAAUUGAAUAUCUCAAGCCUCUCUGUGGAUCUGACCCUAUGCUUGUCUUGGAGUUUGCAAUGCUUGUUCUUGAAAGCUGUCCAACGCAAACUAUCGAGCUCUUUUUGUCUGGGAAUAUUCCAGCAGAUUUGGUCAACUCUUAUUUGAAGCAGCAUGCACCAAACAUGCAGGCCACAUACUUGGAACUUAUGCUUGCCAUGAACGAGAAUGGAAUCUCAGGAAAUUUGCAAAAUGAAAUGGUGCAAAUCUAUCUGGGUGAGGUCCUUGAAUGGUAUGGAGAUCUUAGUGCUCAACAGAAAUGGGAUGAGAAAGUCUAUACUCCAACAAGGAAGAAGUUGUUGUCUGCAUUAGAAAGUAUCUCGGGUUACAGUCCAGAGACUCUGUUGAAACGUCUUCCAACAGAUGCCUUGUAUGAAGAGCGCGCAAUUUUAUUGGGGAAAAUGAACCAACAUGAGCUCGCCUUGUCUCUCUAUGUUCAUAAGCUUCAUGUGGCUGAUCUGGCACUGUCUUAUUGUGAUCGUGUAUACAAAAGUAUGGUUCAUCAGCCAUCUGCAAAAUCUCCGGGCAGUAUAUAUCUUACCCUUAUGCAAAUAUACCUGAAUCCUCGAAGAACAACAAGAGAUUUCGAAAAGCGCAUCAACAAUAUAGUAUCAUCUCAAAGUCCCAGCGUUCCAAAGCUUGGUCAUACGGCUUCUAUUAGGUCCAAGGGAAGUCGAACCUCUAAAAAAAUUGCUGCAAUAGAGGGUGCGGAAGAUAUGAGAGUAAGUCCCAGCAAUACUGACAGUGGCAGGAGUGAUGGUGAUGCAGAUGAGUCUAGUGAAGAAGGAGCUUCCACUAUAAUGCUUGAUGAGGUCCUCGAUCUGUUGAGCAAAAGGUGGGAUAGAAUCAAUGGAGGACAGGCCCUUAGACUCUUACCAAGAGAAACUAAGCUGCAGAAUUUGCUUCCAUUUCUCGGUCCCCUUAUUAGGAAGUCCAGUGAAGCAUCCAGGAACUACUCGGUGAUUAAGAGUUUGAGGCAGAGUGAAAACCUUCAGGUGAAAGAUGAACUUUACACCCAAAGGAAAGCGGUCGUGAAGAUAACCGGCGAUAGUAUGUGCUCUCUUUGCAACAAAAAGAUAGGGACGAGUGUAUUUGCAGUGUAUCCAAAUGGAAAGACGCUCGUUCAUUUCGUUUGCUUUAGGGACUCUCAGAACAUGAAAGCCGUAACUAAGGGCUCACCCUUAAGGAAGCGAUGAUUUUCUUGUUCCGCAUGCAAUGUUGGGAGUUCCAUUGUUGUCAGGCAGCUGAAUCGCUGAGGAUCACGUUGCGACUCCACUUCACUGGGAAAUGAUUGUUACUUGUAUGUAUCGGGCAUCGAUUUUGCUGUAGAGAAUCGCAAGAUGGAAAGGAGCGGCAAUGAGACGGUGCCCCGACGAUUUUGGUCCUCCUCUAGGGGACCUUUUUGUAGAUGGGAUUGUAUAUUGUUUGCUUGUGAUGUCUCUUUUCUCUUUUUGCCCCUCUUUUGCUGGUGGGUGUUUUUGUCAUAGUUUCAUUCCCUUGCGCCGAUGCGAAUGUGGAAUUUUUGAAGGGUUUUUGAGGUUCUAUGUUUUGAUUGAAACUUGACUUGUAAGUAAAGAAAUGUUACCAAGAACAAGAAACAUAUGUUCAUCAUAUAUCUAUUGAGUUCUCUGAAA